UGAAAGGGGAGAGUUUCUUCCCUUGGAAAAUAUGGCCAGUGUGACAUGUAUUUUAAAGUCUGGUAUUUUGACUGCCAGAUUAUCGCCGUCAUCCAUUUCAACUAAGCAAUGGUUACGCUGUCUGUUACCACAGAAAUCAAAUCCUGCAUUCAGGGACAAGUUCCGCCCAAAUGUUCGGUUCUAUUCAGUCCGUAGAGUGUCACUGCAAGUUAAAGCGAAUGGAGUGGAUUUUCACUGUGAAAAAUGUGGCAGCGGGGAUCAUACUGUCCUCUUACUACCUGGAGCCCUGGGCUGUACCAAGACAGAUUUUGAUCCCCAGCUGGAGAAGAUGAAUCAAGAGAAGUUCACAGUUUUUGGCUUUGAUCCUCGGGGUUAUGGACGCAGUAUACCCCCCCAGCGUGACUGGCCACUCGAGUUCCUUCAGCGAGAUGCAGAGGAUGCUGCUGCUGUCAUGAACACUCUCGGGCAAAAGAAGUUUUCCGUCCUUGGCUGGAGUGAUGGCGGGAUAACGGGUUUGAUCCUGGCCGCGCGACACCCAGAACUGGUGCAGAAGCUGGUCAUAUGGGGAUCCAACGCCUACAUCACUGAAGAGGACAUGAAGAUGUACCGAGCUGUGGAAAAUGUUGACAAGUGGAGUGCGAGGAUGAGGGAGCCGUUUGUCCAGGUGUAUGGGGAAGAGUACUUCCGGCGCCAGUGGAGCGGCUGGGUCAAGGCAUACAGUAAAUACUUCACAGACAAUAAAGGUGACAUCUGCAAGUCGGAGCUGAAGAACAUCACGUGUCCGACGUUCAUCCUCCACGGAAUGAAGGACCCCAUGGUGGCAGCAGAGCACCCUGUGUAUCUCAGCAAACAUAUAAAGAACUCCAGGCUACACAAUAUGCCGGAGGGAAAGCACAACAUUCAUCUGAGGUAUGCUGAUGAAUUCAACAAGAUGGUGGAAGACUUUCUCCUGGAAUGAAUUUGUACAGAAAUGACAAGCUGUCAUUACCCUAAUCAAACCCAAAAUUCAGAAUAUUUUUGUAUCCAUCGUCUUGGCUUAUUUGACCAAGAGAAUAUUUAAAACAUUUUGUUUUAAUCAGUGGCCAAGAAAGCUUUGAAUAAAUUGCCAAAAUGAUUUAUGUUAGUGAACAGUUGUGAUACAUAUUUCUUGAUUUUAUUAAGUCAUUGCAUUUAUUCAGAACUUCCAACAAGCCAUUGGCUUUGUACGCAAUGGGGCGGUCAGGUAGCCUAGUGGUUAAAGCGUUCUCGUCAUGCCAAAGACCUGGGUUCAAUUCCCGAUACAAUGGGUACUAUGUGUGAAGCCCAUUUCUGGGAUGUACAUGUAUAACUUGUCUUCCAACACCACGCUUCUGCAGAGGCCCAUGGUCACAAAACUAAUCGGUCCCAUAAAAGGAGCAAAUAGUUUUCGCAAAUAUCCCCCGCCGUGAUAUUGCUGGAAUAUUGCUAAAAGCGGUGUAAAAACAUGCCAACUCGCUCGCUCACUUUGUACACAAUUGAUAUACAGGGAUACAGGUUAACAUUGUCCAAACCUGCUUGAUUAACGUUGUACCACGUAGACAGUACAGUUCACCUGUUCAGGUUAUGCAUGGCCAGUGAGACAAUCAGUGAUGUGUGUCGUGUUAUCCUGUACUGAGGUGUGUGUUCAGCCUUGUUUUGUGUAAUGGAAUGAGAUCAUGUUUACUGAUAAACAAAACAUCAAAAUGGUGGUGCCUCAACAUGGGUCAUGCUCAAUAAACAUGUUAUGUUUCCAUU